CGGGAAGGCAAGCUGGGGGCUGGGAGACUGCCCGCUGUUGCCAUCGCCUCAUCGUCCCCCGUGUCGAUUUGCUCCCCCCCGAACACGCGGAGGGAGGAGCCGGAGCACACAACAAUUCUGCUCUGUAUAAUCAAUCUUCCUCCCCCGCCGCGUCAAUCAAUCGAUUCAAUCCCAUCCCGGUGGCCUUCGAGUCUCCCCUUGCAGCAGGGCAUCUGCGUUGGAUGGAUCUCUUCCUCCCGCUGCUGCUGCCCCUGCUCUCCCGCUAGGUGCUGCUGCUGGAGUUUACUUGAGUUCACCCCAACGCCCGAGAACCCCAAUUUGGAUUCCUGGAAGCGCGGGCCAGAGGGGAUGGGGCGCGGCUGGAGGGGGUUGUUGUUGCUGAUUCUGCCGCUUCUCUGCUUCGUGACCGUUGCCGCCGCGGCGGACGCCUCCGCGGGCGACGCCGAUCCGGUCUACAGAUCUUGCGUUGAAGAAUGUCAGAGGACCGGCUUGCUCAAAGAGCAUUCUGUCAAGCACUGCGUGGUUCCGACUGAUGAUCAGCCUGCUGACAAAUCAUGGUAUGCGCACGAGCCAUUGUACUUGCAAUGGAAGGAAUGGAACUGCAACAGCGAAUGCCGAUACCAUUGUAUGAUGGAAAGAGAAAAGGAAAGGGAAGAGCUUAGGCUAGGGCCGGUUAAGUAUCACGGCAAAUGGCCUCUCAAACGUGCUUCUGUGUUUCAGGAACCUUUAUCUGCUGCUCUAUCAGCUCUGACUCUUCUUGUGCAAUUUAAUGGAUGGCUAUCAUUUUUCCUCAUGCUUUCUUACAAGCUACCUCUUAGGCCUGAAACUCAUGAGACGUAUUAUGAAUAUACUGGAUUAUGGCACAUUUACGGCCUAUUGGCCAUGAAUUCGUGGUUCUGGAGUGCCAUAUAUCACAGUUGUGAUACCGAAUGGACAGAGAAGCUAUAUUUUUCAUCAUCUGCUGCCUUCCUUGGGUACUCCCUCAUCUUGGCCAUACUGCGAACUGCGAAUUUAAGGGAUGAAGCUUCUAGAGUGAUGGUCGCAGCUCCAAUUCUCGCUUUUGUGACAACCCACAUUUUGUACCUCAACUUCUAUGAUCUUAACAAAGGACUGAACACAAAGGUUUGUACUGUCAUUAGCAUUGCUCAGCUCCUCCUUUGGGCGUUAUGGUCUGCCAUCACAAGGCACACUUCACGCCUGAAGAUCAUGUUUGUUGCUAUUGGGGGUGUCCUCUCAGUAUUCCUUGAAGCCUAUGAUGUGCCUCCACGAUGGGGAUAUGUAGAUGGUCAUGCAACCUGCCUUGCCAUGGCGAUCCCCUUGUCGUACAUUUGGUGGAGCUUUGCUAAGGAAGAUGCCGAGAUGCGCACAGCAGCUAUCAUGAAGAAGAAACGAUAGUGAGCUUCGCUAGAGUCAAUACCGCCUGGGGGUGGUGAAGAUGAGUUUUUCCAUGUAAAUUUAGGUGAUCUCGUCUGUGAAUUACUACUGUUUUUUCCAUGCUACUUUUUGCCUCAGCUCAGGAGGUUUACAUGGUUUGAAACUAAAAUAGCCUCUUGUAUUCUCUCAUAUCUCAAUUAUAAGCCAAUUGAAUAUUUGAUAGUUUUGUGUUUAUCUAAUUCAUCUGUACUGGCCGUUUUGAUGCUCUA